AUGAAAUUAGGGUCAUGUAUUCCACAAAGAUGGGUAAUAAUCGUGAUGUGCUGCCUUGGCCUUUUUCAUUCAUACACAACACGACUUUGUCUAUCGAUAACCAUUAUCGAAAUGGUUAAGCCAAAAAAUCAUUCUAUCGAGUUUAUAGAUGAUACGUGUCCCAAAACAGAUUCGGUUUCGUUGAGUAACGAAACAGUUAUCAUAAAAGGAUCUUAUGACUGGGAUGAAAAAACUCAAGGUCUCAUCCUGUCAUCCGUCUUCUGGGGUUACGUGUUGGCCAGCUUCUUCAGUGGCACAAUCAUCGAUAAACUCGGCGGCAAGCACACUUUGGGUUUGAGUAUUUUAUCCAUCUCGAUUCUGAGUCUCGUAACACCUCUAACAAUCAAAUGGGGCGGUGUAACGUGGCUCAUCAUUCUACGAAUAAUUAUGGGUCUUGGCGAAGGUGCAAUACAACCGUCAAUUACAAGAUUAAUGGCUCACUGGAUACCUAAAGAAGAGCGUUCAUUAGCCGGUGCUUGGGCUUACUCUGGCAUGUCAUUGGGUACCAUUGUAGGAAUGGCUGGUUCAGGAACAAUCAUUCAACGUUCCAGUAUUGGAUGGCCAGCUGCCUUUUAUUUUUACGGAGUACUUGGCUUACUAUCGUUUUUAAUUCAUUGCGUAUUAUGUUUCGAUUCACCCAGCGUGCAUCCUUUCAUAUCUGAUGCCGAAAGAAACUAUCUAAAGCAAAAAUUGGGUAGGUAACAAGUUAUUUCAUAAUGUUCAAUGCCAUGGAAGCACAUAUUACGCUCAAAACCAAUCUGGGCCCUCCAGAUCGGUUUGAUUGGCAAAGCGUGGUGCCUGCUUGUAUUAUCCAGUGACAUGCCCAAAUACAUGAGUAGCGUGCUGAAAUUUUCCAUCGAAACUAACGGUUACGUCACCUCGAUACCUCACCUAUGUUCGUGGUUAUUCUCGUGUUUUACCUCCUGGGUCGCCGAUUGUAUCAUUACCAGAAAACUCUUGUCGAUUGGAUGCAUUAGAAAAAUAGGAUGCACGAUUUCUAUGAUUGGUACUGGACUCUUUCUCGUAAUUGCUACUUAUGUAGGUUGCGAUCGCUUCGCCGUUAUUGGAAUUCAAGUCGUUGCGAUGAUAAUGUUUGGCUGCGCCAAUUUUGGAGUCAUGGUUAAUGUGUUAGAUUUGUCGCCGAAUUACGCUGGGACAAUUCAAGGUAUUGCGUUUGCUGUGGCCAUGGUUCCGAGUUUUUUGUCGCCGUACAUAGUAGGAUUGUUAACACCAAACCUGAUCAUCACCGAGUGGCGACAUGUGUUUUUAUUGCUGUUAGCCGUUUCCGUAGUUUCGAAUGUAGUUUUUGUAAUAUUUGGUAGUGGGGAAAUACAGCAAUGGAACGAGCCAAGCUUCUUGAAGGAUAAGCAGAUAUUAAAAAGUAUUACGAAUGCGGAACGCGAAAAGUGCUAUAUACGAGAAUAGAAUUUUUCUAUCAUUCAGUUACUUAUGACAAAACGCGAUAUGAAUGUUUAGAGAAGCAACUCGUUUUAAUAAAAUGUGUAUAAUCUCUAUUGAAUUAUAGCAUUUAUGUCAUUACAACGCUAAUAAACCAAAUUU